UCCAGCUGAUUCGAGGUUGGUCUUUCAUGUUAAGACAGUAAACCCGGACGGACACCCGUUGCGGCGUCCUCCAACUUUUUAAACAAAAUGGGUUUCGUCAAAGUUGUGAAAAACAAGCAGUACUUCAAGAGGUACCAAGUCAAGUUCAAGAGGCGUCGCGAGGGAAAAACCGAUUACUAUGCCCGUAAACGGCUCAUAAUUCAGGACAAAAACAAAUACAACACUCCCAAGUACAGGCUGAUCGUUCGUAGGUCCAACAAAAAUAUUACCUGCCAGAUUGCUUAUUCCAGAAUUGAGGGAGACAAGAUCGUAGCUGCAGCUUACAGUCAUGAGCUCAAAAGGUAUGGAAUUACCAUUGGUCUCACCAACUAUGCCGCUGCCUACUGCACUGGACUGCUACUUGCCAGAAGGCUCUUGAAGAAAUUGGGUCUUGACCAAUUGUACCCAGGAACAACCGAAGUUACUGGUGAUGAGUUCACGGUUGAGGAGCUUGACAAGGGACCUAGUGCUUUUAAGUGUUACCUGGAUACCGGUCUUAUGCGCACCACUACUGGUUCCCGAGUCUUUGCUGCCAUGAAAGGAGCAGUUGAUGGUGGCCUUAACAUCCCACACAGUGUGAAGAGAUUCCCUGGUUAUGAUACAGAGACCAAAACUUUGAAUGCUGAUGUCCAUCGUCAGCACAUCUUUGGACUGCACGUUGCCAAUUACAUGAGGACUCUCGAAGAGGAGGAUAACGACCAAUUGAAGCGUCAGUUCUCAAGGUUUAUCAAGAAUGGAGUUACUCCUGACAGCAUUGAGUCCAUGUACAAGAAGGCUCACGAACUGAUCCGCGCUAAUCCCGAUCCAGAAAAGAAGGAGAAGAAGGAACCUGUCAAGAAGAAGAGAUGGAACCGUGCCAAGCUGAGCCUCUCUGAACGCAAGAACCGCGUUGAACAGAAAAAAGCACAUUUCUUGAAGAAACUCGAGAGUGCUGAAGCUUAAAUUCCAUUUAUUAUCUGUAAAGUGGAUCCAUCGGUCUGAGAGUAAUAAAAUAUUUAAAAUCGAACA